AUGGGUCGAGUGAGUCAUGGAUUGAUGGGGAACUCUGAAAAUGUUUCCUCCAAAUUUGAUCAGCUACUUGCAAUCUUCAGUUUUUCCCUUCCCUGUUUGUUUCUCCUUUUCUCUUCUACCGGUGAAAGAGGGGGGAGGGAGAAUCCAUGCGAAAUCUGUGAUCACUAUCAUAAGCAAGAAGAAACCUGCGGAGUUUGUGGUCAUCGCGUGCCUGUUUCUAUUUCAGUCGACAAAGAAAGUGCCUUUCCUUUUGAGAUUCUCAAGGAUUUUCUCUACUUGGGUAGUUACGACCAUGCAUCAUGGAUUCAAGUUCUCAAGACUUUUGGGAUUUCUCAUAUUCUCAAUGUGGUACAUGCUUCUAGAAAUCUUUACAACAGUACUUUCAUUUAUCACCACCUUCAAGAUGACGAAAGUUCAUUUGAUGAUGAAAUUCAAUUUAUAGUCCAAACAGGUACUGGCUCUGUGCUGCCACUCAAGAGAGUGAAGAUAUGGGAUCUGGAGAGCAAGUCUAUUGUUCAGGAUCUGAAGCCAACUGAUGCCCCUUAGCCAACUUCAUCCAAAAAACAGGUGCACGAAUUGGAGCUAUGGGUUGUCGUGUUGGAGUUGAUAACUUCAAAUAAAGUAGCCGAUAGAGAAGGGCAAAUACAUUGUUCGUGAGUUGAGAAUGACAAUGGAUAGUGAAGAUUCAAGCUAGUCUUUUGGAGAGAAGACAUUCCUCUCAAACUCGUAUGGAAGAAAACUCAACAUGAUGUUAUAAUCUGAUACUCUUGGCAAGAAUCACGAAGAAUGGUUAGAAUUAGAUAAUCGAUAGAUUUUUCAAUUUCGAUUUCUCUAUGUUUCUGGUGUGUAAUCUGUUGCAUGAUGAUCAUCUCCAGUAUUUGUGCAUAAUA